AUGACUAACUUCCUGUCGUAUGUCCAGAACAACACAAAACUGGCCAACAGCGACAAGAGUUCAUCUGUUGGGUCAGGCAAUCUACACCCCCAGGCCAGUAGAAUGCUGCUGCUGCUACUGCUGCUUCACCUGCUGCUGCAACCUAAACGUGAAUGUGAUUCCUCUUCCUCCUCCUUCACUGAAACUGUCGACUUAACUCCUCUCUUAAACACCACAUGUCAGAUGGACAACAGUCACUGCUGUAACAACCCUAAAGUGAACAGGUCACUUCCAGAAGUAGUUAAUGAAAGCCAAACAUUCUUUCAUCAACUCAUACUCAAGAGUUUGAUGGAGAAAUUCAAGUGCCAAACUGAGGUUCUUGCAUCAUAUCAUUUGAGGUGUGUAAAACACCAUCAUCUAUAUGAUCCUGUAUGGACCAAUAAUUCUAAAGAUGCAAAACCUUCCACGGGGGAAGAUGGUAAUAUGGUCCAGAAGAGUAAUAUGUAUAGGGUGAUGUUAGGACAUGAUGGCCAGUCUGUUUCCAAACCAGUUGAUGCUCAACUUUUCAAUGUCGAUCUCUCAUCUGUACCACUUCCACCUGCUGCAGCUACUGCUGCAACCACUGUAGAAGAUCCAAUGGCAUCAACAUCACAUUCAUCUCAUCGGCAACCACACACCCCUCGUAUCCCUCGAACUAUGAAUGACUACAGUCCUCCCUUGGGGAGCACUGUGUCUAGUAUUGCCCUGCCACCCGCUCCUCCACCUUUGCCUAUAACAACAACGACAACAACGAUGCAUUUGCCUUUUUCAUCAUCCAGCGACUUGUCAUUAAAUGGUAGUGGUGUAGCCCAGUUAGCUAGCACAGUGCCACAACCAGUUCCGCCUCCGCUACCAUUGCCUCUGGCAUCAGUUUCUACAGUGCCACCAUUACCGCCAACGCCAGUACCGCCAGUACCUCCUCCACCUGUCAUGCCUGUACCACCACCAGUGGGAAUAUUAAGUUUACCAACGUCUAGUAUAGGUUCUUAUAGUAGCAUAGCACAGUGUUCAACUAUUCAUAAUGAUAAUGUAGACAGAGAUACAUCAUUUUCAGAAGACAGAAAAGAUAACCCAGAAAACUCACUCAAAGCACUUUCAGCCUCAUUAGAUUCCCGCAAAGUAGUUGAAAAUUCUCAUCAGCCAGGCAAGAAAACUGGUGGAAUCAUACGCUUUUCACUUAAAUCACCUGAUGGUGGUGGCAAGCCAAAAGUUUCAUUCCAAAUCAAACGUAAAAACAGGCCAAUUGUUGGCGAUAAAUCUGAAUCAAUUGCAGAAGAGGAAGAUAUUGUGAAUAGCAACCCAGGACAGUUUGUUACAAGAAAAAGAGAAAUGUUCAAGCCAGCUGAAGUAGAAUCGGUGACUCCUCAACAGCUUGCUUUCAUUAAAAAUUUCGGGGCAAAUCCACACGCGACCGAAGUCGGGAACAUUUGGGCCAGGAUCGGUCAUAUGAACGAUCAACUAGAGAUCGGCUCUAUGAUAACAAGUCCUCAUCUGAUAAACCACGUGACAAAUCAGCACGUGAAAGGUCAGGAAGGGAAAGUUCUCAUGAUCGUUCAACUAGAGGAUCUUCAUAUGAAAGAGUUACCAGGGACAAGUCUCAGGAAAGAAGCCGUGAUUGGGACAGGUCUCGCGAUAGAUCAACUCAAGACAGAUCGCACGAAAGGUCAACACGUGACAGGUCACAUGAAAGGUCGAACAGAGACCGUUUAG